GCUUUCCCUCCCUACUGGAGAAAUGAGGGACUCCAGGGGGACAACCUGGGAGAUGGGCGGCGACCUGCUGCAGACCCGCCUCCCGGGCCGUAACGAGAUCUCCCUUCCCUCGCUAGGCAGAUCUGAAGGGUUGGCUUUGGGUAGUCGCUGCUUGGAAGGCUGGCUCGCUCUCGCUCCUUCUUCGCCAUGCCGCGCCCCGAGGCGCUCCUCGCCCUGGUGGCCGCCCCGGCGCUGCUCGCCUUGACCCUUGUCAUCUCGGGUCCUUGGAGGCUGACAGACGCUCCUCUGCCCCCGAGCCUGAUGCAGGAGCUGGAGCGGCGCGAGAUGGAUCUGAGCCGCUUGGCAGCCUCCGCCCGGGCGAGCGCCUUUUCUUCUCCACCGCUGGGACGCGCCGUCACUUCGGAAGCUUUGGGCUGCGCGGAGCUGAGCGGCGUGACGGGCGUGCGCUUGGUGGGCUCCGGCAUCACCAAGCUGGUGCUGAGGGCUGCUCUACCGCUCAGCGGCGGCGAGGUCGCCCUCAAGUCCGUGCACACGACAGGCGGCGACGUGAGCCGCUGCGUGCAACGCUAUGGACACCCGAGAGGUUGCUACCGCCUCGCCGCUUAUAAACUGCUCAAAGAGAUGGUUUUCUUGCAGAGCUUGGAGCAUCCCGGCAUCAUCAAGUUGCAGGGCCAGUGCUACAAUCCUAGUUUUGAUCCUGAAAUGAAGGUGGUCACCAUCCUAGAGUUGGGAACGCCUCUGGAGAUGAUUCAGCUUCUGCAGACUCCCUGGGAAGAGAGAUUUAAAGUUUGUCUUGAUUUGGUUGAACUGCUCCAUUACUUGGCAAAUUCUCCUCUGGGUUCUGUUGCCCUUCUGGAUUUCCAGCCCAGGCAAUUUGUUAUGGUGAAUGGGCUCCUGAAAGUUACAGACAUGGAUGAUGUGAGCACUGAAGAAUUGCCAUGCAAAGGAGAUGAGGACUGCACCUUGGAAUUUCCCACAAAAACCUUCUCUCUCAAAUGUACUGCACAUGGGAAAUGCGAAGGAAUAAAUGAGAAAAGGAAUCUUUUCAAUGCAUACCGGUAUUUCUUCACAUAUCUCUUGCCACACACUGCACCCUUUGUUUUGCAACCGAUUCUGAAGGAGAUCCUGAAUGCCACAGGUGAUUUGCGAUAUGGAGCAAAUGAAACCCUGAGAGCUUUUCAGAAAGUUUUGCAUUUAUACAAGGCUGGACUUUAUCUGCAGAAAAAGUCUUCUCAUUUGAAAGAGUACAUUGCCUUAAAGGGAUUUCAUACAACGGGUGUAGAGGACUAUAAAUGCUGGCCGUCGUACAGCCAUUUGGGAUGCAUGCUGUCUGUUCACAGUGCGGAGGAAGCUGCCACCAUUUGCAAUGCCCAUCCACAGUGUCAACAUUUUAUCAUCACUCUGCAGACAACAUGGACAGGGCGUCCACUUGCUUUGUUUCAAAGCAACUUGACUGACUUAAUUCCAGGCGGCGACAACAUGGUGUAUGUUAAGCCAUCUGCAACUUCAUGGGCAAGCCUCUAAAUGGCCAGCCUGAGAGGGCACAGAGUCAUUUGACAAGGAAUCAUCACCGGGACUAACUUCACCCACUCAGAGGGGAUGAGCUGCUUUAUUACUGCUUCAAGAUGUUUCUGUGUGACUGCUUUGCCUGAAUCAAAGGGUGCUGUUCCAAUGAUCAAAGCAAACAUUAUUUUGGUGAAAUGGAAUAACCUGGCCAAGUUGUUUAUCUGAUCCUAUGCUCAGUGGUUAGAAAUGGGCAUAACUUGAUUUUAACCACUACUAAAGUCUUAUAAUGGCUUGCCACCAGCUGCAUCAAGCCCACCAGCUAAGGAAUGGAAGUUACCAUGAGGGGCACCUUGUUGUGUGAGUUCUAGAUUGUUGCAUCAGUCCAACUAGCAUAGAUGGAAGGAGGCUGCCAUGCACGUAGCUUUUAACUAGAUGAAGAUCUAUGCACACAAAUGUUCCUGUUUAAUUACACACUUUUUGUUUCCAAUAGAUAAUUGACAGCUGGUAGAUAAAUCCAUCCUCAGGAUCUCCUCCAAAAUAGCUGAUCGGCACUGAUCAGCUCUUUCGGAAGGGGUCAUGAAGAUGGACUUAAAUUUCCUUGCUGCCAUCUUCCUCUGGAAGUGGAGGUCGUUGCAGACUUAUGGUGUGUUGUAAUAUUUGAGUAUAUUUACCAAUAUACAAGUCAACCUGUAUACCUCCACCUAAGCUCAAACUUUCCCAGUAGCAAAUUCCACUGUUGCACAUCAGAUUCCCAGAGAGAGACAGCCCACCUCUCCUCCUGGGCUUUCCAGAGCCCACAGCUAGCUUUCUCCCUGUGUCCCUCUCUUUCUGAAAGUCAAAUGCAGUGUGUUCUAUUUCACAGACAUAAAUCUAGAUUACAUCAUGGGGGAGGUACACCUUUUGUCAACAUGUUUCUCACUUUAAGAUGUGUGUCCUGCCAUUUCUGAGUCAUUGUGGGCCAUUUAUCUCUUAACUGCUUUGGCAAAAGGUGUGCCUGGCAUACUUUUCUACUAAGGAACAUUCCAACAGUCUUUCUGACUUCAUUGAUCUUCCAACACUCCCCAAAAGGAAAGAAAGGGGGACAGAUAUUUAUUUUGGAAAAAGCCCAGGGUAUCUCAGCUGAUGAUUUUGUUUUGAUGUACAGCUUUUUUAAAAAAUUGUAUCAACCUUGGAGGUUUUUCAGCGUAACUUUCAGUGAAAGAAAUCCUGAUGAGCAAAAUGUUCAAACUAUUUAUGUAUCAAAGCAUAUUCUAUAUAAAAUGAUAUUUUUUCCACUUUGAAAA